AUGACUCACUUCAAGUAUAGUGGCCCGGGCUCUGCUGCUUCCUCCCGAAGCCUCUUUCCGCUCCCCACUGCCUUUUCCAAUGAUCACCUCCUUUCAUUUCAGGAAUGCCGGAUUGCACACCCUGUUGUGAAGUGCACCUACUGCAGGACUGAGUACCAGCAGGAGAGUAAAACCAAUACAAUAUGCAAGAAGUGUGCUCAGAACGUGCAGCUGUAUGGAACGCCUAAGCCUUGUCAGUAUUGCAACAUAAUUGCAGCGUUUAUUGGCAAUAAAUGCCAGCGCUGCACGAAUUCAGAGAAGAAGUAUGGACCCCCAUACUCUUGUGAACAGUGCAAGCAGCAGUGUGCGUUUGACAGGAAAGAUGAUCGAAAGAAGGUAGAUGGGAAGCUGCUGUGCUGGCUGUGCACGCUGUCCUACAAGCGUGUCCUUCAGAAGACCAAAGAACAGAGGAAACACCUGAGCAGCUCUUCUCGAGCCGGCCAUCAGGAGAAGGAGCAGUACAGCCGCUUGAGUGGUGGCAGCCAUUACAACAGCCAGAAAACACUUUCUACAUCUUCAAUUCAAAAUGAAAUCCCAAAGAAAAAAUCCAAGUUUGAGUCAAUCACAGCUAACGGAGACAGCGAUGCUUCCUCUCAUGAGCUGCUUUGUCCUAAUACCCAGAGCCCGUCUGUGUUGGUGCAGUGGGCUGCUUCCCAACAGAGUCUUGGAGCCAUCCAUUUUCCUGUUCCUCCAGGCCCAGGCAUCCUGAACUUUUCCCCAGACCUGGCUCUGGAUUCUCCUGGCACUGACCAUUUCGUCAUCAUUGCCCAGCUGAAGGAAGAGGUGGCCACUCUGAAGAAGAUGCUGCAUCAGAAGGAUCAGAUGAUCUUAGAGAAAGAGAAGAAGAUUACGGAGCUGAAGGCUGAUUUUCAGUAUCAGGAGUCUCAGACUCGGGCCAAAAUGAACCAAAUGGAGAAAACCCACAAAGAAGUCACAGAGCAAUUGCAGGCCAAAAACCGGGAGCUUCUGAAACAGGCAGCUGCUUUGUCCAAGAGCAAGAAGUCUGAGAAGUCAGGCACCAUGACAUCUCCAUGAAGACCACGAGAAGGCUCCCACAACAACAGUCGCUGCUCCUGGGUCAGGGUUGGCCACCCGGCUGUUCUCUGGGAACUGUGCUUUCUUACAGAAUCUCUAUUUUCUUACCGUUACCCUUCUUUGUGCGAAUGUAGCGGGCUGAGUGGAAACACCUGGUUUGUGCUGUUACGACUGCAUGCUCAGCGGUUGGGGUUUCAGACUUCUUCCUCCUAUUCCUCCUCUGCUCCCCUGUGCUCCUCUCUCUCUGUUUCUAUAGUGGUCACUGCUCGGUAUUAUGUGCAGAGUUUCUGUCCACCGUUACACCUGCCAUCCUCACGAGCAAGUCGUCUGUCGUCACUGUGCAUCACUGCCACCCCCGAGCCUUGAAAACUGCCACCUUGAGACUUCGUGCAGGGAGAGCUUUCUCUCGCCAAUAAACCUUUGCUUCAGGGUAUACUCUUGGGUUUUUCCAGGUAUAUUAUGUAUGACCUUUGUACUAUGUAUAGACAGAGUUUUAUUUAUUUUUU